CUGGGUUUUGACCUACGUUCUCGCGCGCCUCACACACAUGAGGCUCGCAGCGAUCGCUGCCCUUCCCGUCGCCUGCCUGGUCGGACCGUGGCCGUCCGCGCCGCCACACGCUCCCCGCGCUGCGGUGCCGCGCGCGGCCAUUGUGAGCGGCUCGACGCAAUACGGCUACGUCGAGCAGGCUUACUUGCAGCAGCAGGGCUAUGAGGACGGGCGCGGGCACCAGGGUUACGCGCAGAUCGUGUGGUCGCUGACCGGUCCCACCGGCGGCCAGUACUUUGUCGAAGCGGGAGGGCAGCAAAAGCUCGGCCGGUACGACACGGCCUCGCAAAAGGCGACGGUCUCGCGGCUGCAGUGCGUGGUGCGGGCGGACCAGCACGGCGGCGCGGCGGUGGUGUCGGUGGGCAAGCCGCUCACCGGCUGGCGGGCCGCGCCCGGGACGCCUUGGCAGUGGCUGCGCGGCGAAAACUUUGGCGAGGAGCGGGCGCUGUUCGAGGGCGCGCAGCUCAGCCUCGACCAGAGCGACCCGGAGCGCGAGGUCUUUACGGUGCGCAAGGAGGGAGGCGCCGCAGACCAGCAGCAGCAGCAGCAGCUGCAGCAGCAGCAGCAGCAGCAGCACGACCACCACCAGGGGUACCAGCGGCAGCAGCACAGGCAGCAGCAGAUGCAGAUGCAGCAGCAGCACCAGCAGCACCAGCAGCACCAGCAGCACCAGCAGCACCAGCAGCACCAGCAGCAGCAGCAGCAGCAGCACCAGCCGGGCUACGAGCAGCCCCAGGGCUACGCCACAGCGGCACUCUACGAGGCGCAGCCAGCACCGCUUGGCGCUCAGCAAGGUGGAGGCUACGCGCCGCUGCCCGCCGGCUGGUGUGCGGCGGUCGACGAGGCGUCUGGCCAGACGUAUUACUACCACGAGCUAACGGGCGUAUCUCAGUGGGAGCCGCCGCAGGCCGAGCACGGGUACGGCGGCUACUCGGUGGACUUGCGAGGCGGGUACCGCUCCCGCUGACUCCUGCUGCGCGGCAAAGGGCUGGCUCGCCGGGGGGCGGGACUCGGUCUGCUCGGAGAGUUGGCGCAUGAAUGUCCGAUGUGUCGGGGCAUGCUGGGGUUUGUUGUGGGUUGGUGUGCGCGUGUGUCAUGAACCUUAGGCUAUGUGUCUGCCC